CCGUUGAUAGUCGGUUUGCGGCGUUCAAAUGGUGCAGCACAGUGAUAAGUCACUUCAGCAGAAUUGCUGAAACCGAAUUGCCCGCGGGGUUGUAGAAAAGGGUCAACAUUUCAUGAGUAAAGGUGCCCCCAAUCGGAAAACAGUCGUGUGCUAAUCUAGUGAAUAUGAUUUCGUUUAUAGCAUUAUCGGUGCUCCUCGCAUGUACAGCCGCAAAGCCACAGAACCAAUUCGGUGCCAGAAGUUUCAACCAAAAUGUGCCUUUCAAUCAGAACCUGCAGGUGCAACCGCUGCAGCAGCACCAACAGCAGCAGCAGCAACACCAUCAACACCAACAACAUCACCAGCAGCAGCAACAAUUCAAUUCACAGCAACAGCACCAUCAGCAUAAUCAGCAACAGCAGCAGCAGCAACAAAGAAUCGCUCAACAAUUUCGGCAGUCGCAAAGCUUGAGAGCGCCUCCUCCCCCGGUGUCACUGCAUCAACAUCAACCCCAGAUGCAGUUCAGCCAGCGGUUGCAGCAAUCCUACCCCGGGGGCGCGAGACCCUUUGUUCCCAUCACCUCGUACAACAACGAUGUUUCCUACGAUGGAUCCUACUCGUUCGGGUAUACAACGGGGGACGGUCAGCAGCAGCAAGCGCAAGGCUAUCUAAAGAACCCUGGCCUGAAAGAUUUGGAAGCCCAAGCCGUGCAAGGCUCGUACUCGUACACGUCUCCCGAGGGGCAGCUAAUCACGGUCACCUACAUCGCAGACGAAAAUGGUUUUCGCGCUGAAGGAGCACACCUGCCUACCCCGCCACCCAUCCCGGAAGCAAUUCAGAAAUCUCUGGCACUGAUCGCCGCCACGCAACCAGUUUCCCAGAAGUUCAGUCAAGCCUACAGUCAGCAACCGUUUGGAUCAAAUCAAGGUUAUAACAGAUUCGGAUAUAUCCUGCCCAGCAACUCCUAUCCCUACCUCCCCGUGGUACCAGCCGGGAUACGAGUGGUAACCAACCCGUGGUGGGACCUUGGUCGUAUGCUGACAGGGAAGGAAGAGAACCGUCCUCCCCGGCCAAACAUCCGGCAGUUGACCAACCCGCAGGCUGAAGAGAAUUACGCGCGCUUCCUUGAGGAGGCACUACCUUCUACGGAAGAGCUAUGUGCUUCGACUCUCGACGAUGGAUGGGGGAAGCUACGCUCGGCCAUUGGAGAGGCCGCAUCCGCGGCACUAGGGUCAAUUGAUCAGGCUACGAACCGAAGUCCGGCAUUCACUCACUAUUCACUUGCUGCUGCUCAUCACAUCAACAACAACCGACAGCUAGCAGGGGUUUCGGCUUGCGCUAUGCUAUGCAACGGAUCGCUGGCUGUACCUACCUGGGGGCAAAGUGAUAUCAAUUCGAUUACAGCCAAACUUGGCAGUGAUGGCAGCGAGCAACAGCGAUCCCGAGUGUCAUCGUCCUGUUUCAAGCGGACUAUAGUGGACAGAUCCUGUCGAGGGAGCAACACUAGUUUUUUAGUGAUCGUAGGACUGUUGUUUGUGAUAAGCGAUACAGUGAUAGCGUUUCAUUCGUCCAGGAUGAAGAUUAUCGUAUUUGCAACUCUAGUCGCGGCUUGCUCUUGUGCCAGGUUAGACAAUAACUACCUGCCGCCACCAAGCGCUGCCUCGGCAGGCGGAGGCCCAGGACUGACCGCACCAGCUCCUGGAGGCUUCGGAGCCAGACCUUCCGGUGGACCUGGCGGCGGUGCAGGUGCUGGCGGAUUUGGUGGACAUGGCGGUGGUGCAGGUGCCGGCGGAUUCGGUGGACGGCCUGGAGCUGGUGCACCUGCGGGUGGACCAGGAGGAUUUGGUGGACGGCCUGGAGCUGGUGCGCCGGCGGGUGGAUCAGGAGGAUUCGGAGGCCGACCUGGUGCUGGAGCACCAGCACCAGCACGUCCGGCUACCAGCUACGGUCCUCCUGCUGGAGGUUUCGGAGGGGGCGCACCAUCAUCCUUCGGUGGUGGAGCUUCUUCUGGUGGAUUUGGUGGUGGAGCCCCAGCUGCACCUGCAGCUCCAGCUGGCCCACCUAUAGCUAUCAUUUCGUAUGAAAACGAAAACAAUGGAGAUGGAAGUUACAAAUUUAGCUAUGAAUCUGCCAACGGAAUCAAGGCUCAAGAGCAAGGCGAGGUCAAAAACAAGGGAUCGGAAAACGAAAUUCAAUCCGUGCAAGGAUCCUACUCAUACACAUCUCCUGAAGGACAGGUUAUUACGCUAACCUACGUUGCCGAUGAGAAUGGUUUCCAGCCACAGGGUGAUCAUCUGCCAACUCCACCACCAAUUCCGGAGGAGAUUCUGAAAGCACAAGAAGCUCAUGCUGCAGCCCAUGCAAGCGCAGCUGCAGCAGGCGGCGGUAGCGCUGGUGGCCACGGGGGCGGUGCCGGAGGUGGUGCUGGACCAGCCGGAGGAUAUCCAGGAUCGGGACAUGCUGGUGCGGGACCGAGUGCUGGCUACCCUUCAGGAGGGCCGCUCGCUGGAGCACGACCAGCAUCAGGCCGCCCAUCAGGGAGCGGCUCGUUCAGUCCACAAUCGGGUUAUAAAUAUUAGGCAAUUUAGCAGUUUUACAAUUAUUAUCAAAACAGAAAAAACCUGCUUAACGAUGUAAUUAAUAGCAAAACAGCAAAUCGUUGACUAAACCCGCUUAAAGUGUAAAUAAAUCUGAGGUGGAGUAAACUGGCGGAGCACCUAAUAAAUUAAACAGUGUGAAGAAACGAAAUA